CGUUCACUUAUUUUCGUCUGACUGUACUAGCAGAGAAUUGUCAAUGAUUUACUUACGGCUCAAAAAAAGUUUGAAAAUUUACUGUGACAAUUGGUGAUGGAGAAAAUUACUAGCCAAAAGAAUGGAGACUCAACUGGAUAUUAUCAAUCUGCUCGUUCAACGCCACAUGAACGAUGUUGUAGCAGUCAUUUUCUCUCUUCUUGAUGUUGAAAGUUUACGCAACUGCGAAUUGGUCUCAAAGACGUGGUAUGUCUUUGUCAGGGACGAAAAUGUAUGGAAACGCCGUUAUAAAAAAGAAAGAAAAAAAAAUCCACACUUCCACGAAGCUCUCUAUCAGCGUGGCAAAGAACAACUAAAGAAAUCUUUUCUCUACAAGAAAUUAUUUAAUGCCAAGCAAAAUACCGAAAUGAAUUGGAUACUGGGUAAAUACUUGACAUGUUCCGUUGAAAUAGGGAAAUUCAGCAUCUAUUUCCUUACGAUGGAUGCUAAACGUAUAGCCUUGGCCAUUGAUGGAAAUUCACCUUCCAUAAUGCUGUUGAAUAGGUGGACGUUGAAAUUCAAUUGUCUUUUAACGGGGGCAAUUCAAGCUCCUAUAAGGCAACUGCAGCUACAAGGUGAUUUCAUCUUUAGUUCACAUCAAGAUGGAACUAUCUGUCAGUGGGACCUGAUAAGCAAACAAUUAGUUCAACACAUCCAAGAUAAAACAGAUGCAGAGAAUGAAGAUCGGAUAGUACUAUUUCACUCAGCACAUAAUCUGUUGAUCUCCUGUGACAGGCCAUACCUCCCGACUGCUGACUGCUUCCCAGAUCGCUACGUCCAAGUUCCUUUACAUUUCGAUACGCGGAUAACGAUACGCCGAUUUCUCAGUCCAACCGGAUUAGCCGUCGAAAGGAUAGAAGAUCAUUCCAUUGCUCAAGUGAUGCGCCUUGAAUCUGAUGCCAAAUACUUUGCGAUUUUUAUGAGAACUCCAACAAUAUUAAAAAUUCAAAUACGUUCUAUAGCGGAUUUCCAAGUCAUUCGUGAGCUACGUGUAGCAUAUCAUGCUCACGCCCGUUAUGCUUACAACUUCGGAUGGCUGGUGACGGUCGACUCUGAAAAAUCAAUCAGGUUUUGGGAUGUUGAGACAUUGACCUGCAAAUGUAUUAUCCCCCGUCACUGUUUCAGGAAUCAGGUCCUAGAAAUUAUGCUAAAUUCAACUUAUUUGAUCAUCAUUGACAUUUAUCGAAAUGUUUACCUUUUAAGUCUUCCAUACUUCUUAAAAACCCAUGUUGAAUUUUAUUGCCUAUUUAGAACAAGUCAAGAAGAACAUUAUUGGAAUUUCUGUUUCGACGAACUUCAAAUUGUUACCCUUUGGAUAAGUGGUUCAAAUCAUCUACGUAAACUAGUUAUUCGAGAUUUCAUGAGAUACAGGUUAGGUGACCUGGACUUGCUACACUGUUCCUCUCCGUACUGAGGAAACUGUAGCAUUCUGCAUUUCUUUUCCUAUGAUAAUUUCUUAAAGUUGGUUACAAUUUUCUGAUUAAUUGAAGAAUUUCUGAACCUGACAAAAUAAAGUUUUAAUACAAUCUGA